AUGGCGCUGUUACUCAGCCACUUUGGGAAGCUCCCUCAAUGGCUCAUCACGAAGAUCUGGAAGAAGGUGAAAGCCGUCUCCUACAAGCUCUGGAAAAGCCGGGACUGGUUGAACUACGAGGACGUCCACCUGCUAUGGAUCCUCUUCUGGUCAGCACUCAACACCAUCGCUUUUGCAGCUCCAGGCAACAUGAGUUUCGACAAAGCUAUGGUAUUUGGCGUCUCCACAGCCACAGUCACAGGCCUCAACCCGCAGGACAUGUCCACACUCUUCCUGGGCCAGCAGAUCUGGACCUACAUCGCCGUUCGGGCCACUUCUACCCCUGGUAUCGCUGUGUUUACCCACUUGAAGAGAGUGCGGGACUUGAGGAAGUACAAGAAGGAGUAUUUUGAACUGAAGGAGAAGAUCGAGAGGGAGAGCAGGAGUAGCAGUGGUAGCGGCACACCGCCUGAUAAUCCCGCCGCUCCAGCUGUGGCUCAGGGAUUGGAGAGUCCGCCAGCUCAAGAUGCUGAGGAUCUCGCGCUCGGAGAGGCCCCAGGCGCGAUACCUCUCACACCCAUACCGACUUCUCCGCCCGUAGUGCAGACGCCCAUCAAUGUUCUGACUUUCCGCGACGCGCGAUAUCUCAAGCAACGCAUCGAGGCCAAGGAAUUCGGAGACGAAGGUCAGCUCGCCAGCAACGGCCAAUUCGAAGGUCUGAACCCACUAGGACGUCUCUACGUCCUGCUCCUCGAAUACCUCUCGCAAAAGUUCAACGUCGGCUUGAUCAUGAUAUACACCCUAACCAUCGAGGUGAUCGGCAUCAUCGCCUACAUCAUCCUUAUACGACAAAUGACAUUCUCCGAAGCUCUCGACAACGGCACGAACAUAUCCUGGGCCGGGGCAUACCACUCAGCCUCCGCAACGUUCAACUUCGGCCUCGUUCUGCUCGACACUGGGAUGCCUGCGUUUCGCCGCAUCAUCCCUUUCCUCAUUAUCUCGACUUUCCAACAACUCGCGGGGAACAUGAUGUUCGGUCCCUUCCUCCGGUGGAUAACUCGACUGUGUUAG